GCCAAUCACCGGUGUAUUGAGCACGAAGCCCGCGCCAUCUUCGUUUUGAACAAAGAGAGGUUGUGUGAGUGUACAGUGCUUUAGUAGAAGUUUCACUUCAAAUAAAAGUGUUAGCAAGAUGAGUACGAAGGAAAAUAACGCCGAAGUAGCUGUAGAUAAAGUUACAGAAAACAAUGAGAAGUCAGCGGACGCGAAAGCAGAAGUAAAGGGAACAAAAAGGCCGGCAGAGGACAAAAGUGAAGAUGCCAAAAAACAAAAAAAGGAAGAGAAUGGAGAGGAGGAAGAGUUAGAAGACGAGGAAGAAGAUGUGGAAGGAGAGGAAGAGGAUGAGGAGGAUGAAUUACCUGAAGAUGAAUUAGACGAAGGAGAAGAGGAGGAGGAUGAAGAAGGUGAAGGGGAAGGGGAUGACGAUGAAGAUGACGCAUAAUAAGUGAUAAGUGUGGAAAACUGACUGUGCGAUGUGACGCCUCCGGGAACUUGGAGCUAGGGAGUGGCGCGACGUACCUUACCUGUGUACAGAACAUCUCCCCCCACUCCUUACCACCAAGUUUCCAUCACCGGAGGCAUUUAUUUUUUAAUCGAAGGUUCUAUUAGCUCUUUUUUAUUUAUAAAUCAAACCUUAAUGUACGGAUGGAUUCGGCUGUUAUCUGGUUUCUCUAGUGGGACUCGUCUCGUCUUUUGUGAGAAUUGAUUUGUGGCAACGCCCUGCCUGCCUCCAGCCUAAAUUUAAUUUAUUUUCUGUGCAACUGACAGCUUGUGAAAUUUUAACUUAAGUUUUAUUUGUAAAAAAACAUGUUAGCUAAGUAUAUGUUCAAUUGAAUGAGUGAAAGUAACCUAAACUGUACAAAUAAUAUUUAAUUCUUACAAUUAAGUUCUGACGAAUAUUAUAUGUUAUAAUUCAUUUGUAAAUUUAGAGAGUAACAGGCAAUAAAGUCACUGUCCACUUUAUAUAUGACGGAGUUACUUAAAAGGCCCCCGGGUUAAUUUAAAUUAAUUUUUCACUGUAGACAAUGGAUAAUUCGUGGGUACAUAAUUGUAGAUUUUGUGUCAAUGUGUGUUCAUAUUGUUAAUAAUGUAAGACCAACGUUUCCUGCAGAUUGUUAACUUUUACACGAGCCUCUGAUAAGCUCAGCUCAUUCCAAUGUGUUAAACAACAGUAUAUGUUACUUUAAUUUUUUCAUUCAAAUUGAGUCUAUGUGUAGUUUCAAUUUUGGCGUCUCCUGAAUAAAAUUACUGAGAGUACAAGAUCACUUUGUAAGAUGUAAUCUGUAAAUCCUUGGAGUGACUAAAAUGGCUAGUUUUAGUUGAAAAGUGUGUUUUCUUUCUUACCUUCCAAAAUUCCCUGUCGAUGUUUAUAAUUGUAUUAUUUCAACUAUAUUUGUGUGGACUGACUGAUCUCACUGUAUAGUUAAUAUACUUUUUAAUUCUCUUCCUAAUAAAGUACCCUGUUCCUUUUUUACUUUUUA